AUGACAGAAAUUAUUGAUCUAGAAUUAGCCGAUGACCUUGUUAAAAAACCUGUUCUUGAGCAACACAGAAAUCAGUCUUCAAAGAAUAGAGCAAAGAGGAAGGGCCAGUUAACAUUCGAUGAUUUUCGGAACAUUAAGAUUGUCGAAGAGCCCGUUGUUCUUUCUCACAGUGGUUCCAUUGAAGAAUCGCUGGAUGUUGUCACCCAUUCUAAUAAGCGUGAGGCAAACAAAGAUAUCGAUGAUGAUGAUAUUCAAGCUAAGAAACUGAAGACAAAAAUUUUGAGUACACAUUCUAAUAUCAAAGCAUAUCCAAACGACAUUAACAAGGUAGAGUUGGGUAAUGAAACUAAUGCCAAUAAUAGACCAUUAUAUACACUAAACUGGUCACCCAAUAUCCCUUUACAAUUUUCCGACUUCCAAGACUUUGUGAGAAAAGAAAAAGCAACAGAAAACAAUCUGGCACCGCCCUUUUGCGUUCCACUUCCUUAUGCGGGCGAUGUUCUAAAAAUUCUCUCGUUUAUUGUGAAAUUUAAAUGGGCGUUUAGUACCGAUUUACUAAAUCUGUCAUUUCGAGAUGUGGAGAUAGGUCUAGGGUUAGUUGUAACUGAUAAUAAUGUGAAGGACGUUAAAAUUUGUCAGAAUAAAAUGAAUUUAUUAUUUUGCAGCCUGUUAAGAUCAUUAUUUUACCCCGACAAAGCAACGGAGAGUCAUACACAGAAUAGUUUCACACUGGAGAGAUUCCUAGGUUUGAAAAACCCAUACGGAAAAUUAGUUGGUAAACUCAGAACUGCAAUUCAAGAGUGGGGCCUGCCGCAAGAAUGGCGUGGUAGGGAUGAUUUCUUAUCUAGCUUAAACAUCAACGGGCGUGGACUAUUGACGAUGGAACCAUUAGAUAGAAUAAUUUUGUUGAGAUGUAUGAUUGAUCGGAAUUGUAGCUACUCUGCCCUUUUUCAUAACGAAAUUCAGAGGUUAACUCAUAUAAAAGGUGACGCCGGGUUUAACCACCAAACUUUCCAUGCUGCCAGGUUUAGUAUGUACGGGGCCACUAACAUAUUAGAUAGUUAUGAAAUUUUAUGUUCCUUAAUGAAUCGAAAAUUGGAAAACAGAAAAAAAAGGAAGCCCCACGACCAUGAUAAAUUAAGUGAGAUAAAUGAACAAAUAAAAUUCUUAAAAGACGUUCAAAAGUCAUUGAAGGAAAAAUUAAUUUCAGACAGACUGCAAGCAGCGGUUAGAAUAAACGAAAAAUGGAGUAAGCAUUUUGCAAACGAGUUAUCACACACACCAAUCGAUGACCCAACAGCGGAUGAAAUUUACAGGUUGAGAGAAUCGGAAUUUAUGAUCGCAAGAAUCCCGAAGUUUGGAGAUUUCUACUUGCCACCAUUCCGCAUUCACAACAGGAGCAAUCCAACUAGUACUAGUUACAGUUUUAACGACAUGGCAACUUAUGUUGAUUUUUUCAUAAAAUUCAAAAGAGAAAAUACAAUGGCGCUAAAAAAAGCGCCUGCAAAAACUGUGCAGAAAGAAACCAAUUGUCAGCUUAAACUUAUAUAUAACAACACUUCGGCAUGCAUCCGUAAUAUUCUGUCUAGUGAUGUUCGCCUGGAUAAGGCACCGCAUUGGUUCGAAGUUUCAGGAGAUUCAGACUCUUUAAUUGGCUUCAUUGAAUAUCUAGAGACUAUAUCCUUGCUUGAAGAUAAUAUCGCUGACGAUACGAAAAAGGGUAUAGACAGCUUAAUUGAAUUCUUGAAAAUCUUCAAUUUAUUUAUAAAUGAAACUAUUCAAGAAAGCGGAAAUGCUGCUGCAGAACGUGCUGCAGGAAAUUAUUUACGAACAAACCCACGGAAAUCAAUCAAAAUGAAAUACUCAGCUGGUGCAGAUAGUGACAAUAGUGAAGAAAGUGAAAGUGAAAUCGAUAUUGAAGUUGACGAUGUCCAUGAUACAGAAUAUCUGAGUGAUGAUAGUGCAUCCAAGAGAAAUGAUGACAAUAAAACAGGUAAGUAUUAUAGGAAAAUUGAAGCUAAGGACCGGAAUGAAAUUCAUGGUGAUGUAAAAUUUUUUUCAGAACCCGUCAGACAACUACACAAUGACUCUAGAGAAAGGAGAGUUUUGAGGCGUAAUGCCAGGAGGGAUCCAUCAUUUCAAAUACUAUGA